GAUUCUUCUCAUCUGUUUAACCUUUACUAAACACUAUCCCAGAAUAUUUCUUUCUACCUAUCAUUUCUCUGAUAUUGGUUUGCCUUUGGACAGAGCGUUUUUCCUUAAUGCUAAGCUAAUUCUCUGCUAGCAACAUAUUCACAGUAAACAAACAACAAACAGGAAACUCAUGUCGUCUCCUUACAGGCUUUCUGAUCACAUUUGAAGCAGAUGGAGGGUUGGAUUGGACGUUUUGUGGUCCUCCUUUAGAGGAAUAUUCUUCACAGUAUGCUAAUGUAGCUCACACCGUGGCCAUAAUGACCCUCUGAUUGUAAAACGAAUGAAGUCUUCUCAGAACAAUGUGACUCUUUCAGAUGGCUGGUGUUUGGAGGCGUUCAGUCUGGCUCAGGGCCGGAUGCUGGAGGAGCUGAAGAACAUCCUGAUCAUGGUGGUGGUUGGGAAGGUCACCCACUACCAGCUGAUGAAGGUCAACGCCAUCAGAGCGUUUGUGAAGAGGAGGGAGUACCUGGUCUGGCCGGAGGACCCUCAGGACCUGGACUGGUUUUAUGAGCGACUCGUCUCACAGAUACUCAAAGACAUCAAGGUGAAAGAGUUUGUGGAGGACAAGCCUGAGCCUGCAGAGCCGGAGAUAGAACUAGGUGUUGAAGACGGGAUCGAGCUGGAAGACAUGGCAGCGGUCGCCAUGUAGACGCUUCCUGUGUUUAAACAACCUGAAAUCAGGAGUAAAAGGAAGAGGUUGACUCGUUUAGCAGAUGUGAAGAUAGUUUUUGAAACAGUGCAGACAAAUAACGGUGAAAUGGUGAAGAAAUGGCAUGAAGGGACAUUUUAUAAUCCUUUUUAAAUUUAGACAGAAUAGCAGCAGUUAUUAUAAUUAGAAAGUGUUGGUCCAGAUGAUUUGACAUUAAUUAGAACCUCCUGAGGAACAACAGGUGGAACCUCUUUCAUUCAAACAUCUAAAACUUCUAAAGCUCUGUGGUGUCAUGAUGCCAACAUCUGCAGAGAUCUCUAAGGCCUUCAGAGAAGAAAUGUCAGAUGCUCGAGUCAAGAAAGUUUUUUAAAAUAACUCUUUGAAAUAAAAUCAUCCACAAUUUUGUCUUGGACUGACCACCUGAAAGCAGUUUGAGAUGCAAAAAGAAAUCUCCAAGAAGCCCAGAGCUUUACACAGGGUCUGCAGGUAACCUUCAAACAGUGGAGUUUUUACAAUCAGUAGUGAUGUGAUCUGGGUGGGAGGAGGUCUGGAAAAAGCUUCUGCCGUCAAAAAUGAACAUUAGAGUCAAACUAGUUCACCAGUGAAACUUCAGGCAAAGAGCCGACCUUCAGGAAUAAUGCCCUCCAGACACAGAUAACUCAAAGAUACGUAGAUGUUUGGACUCAGGAACAGCAAACGUGUUCCAUGCAGAGUUUCAGGAGGAGAAUCUUGUAUUAACCGUGAAGCAUGAAGGUGGAGUUGGUCUGAAGUAGCAGGUCUGAUUUAAUGAACUGUGCAGCUUGGAGGAAACAUGAGGCCACCUGAAGCUGAAGUUCAUCCUAAACACACCAGAGGAUCCACCAAAAACAAGAAAUGUAAAGUUAUGGACUGAACAUGCCCCAUUAAAUGCUGGAGGAGGGUUUGAAACAGGAGGAAGUAUGCAAGAAAACCCUGAAACAUCUAGAACUAAAAAGAAUUUCACAAAGACUGUUGGAAAUGAUGCAAAAGCCCUCCAAGAAGUUAUUUCUGCUUCAGCUUCUGAUUGUUCUUACUUUCACAGUAGAAAAUCACAUCUAUGGAUGUUUUUAUUCAGUGAAUGAUGGCUAAAGUUCAUUUUCCUCAUGGUUUGAGUAUCUCUGCUUCGUCUGUCUGCACAGUUCCACAGAUGAUCAAAUGUUUGCUUUUUUAAACACGCCUAAAAACUCAACACACUUUUCCACCAUUCGUAAACAGUUCUUCAGCAGGAGGAAGUUCUCCCAACAUGCUGUUUAGGUUCAUCUUUUUUGUUAAUAAAGGAAAAGGUCUGAACCCCAAAACAAACCCGGCAGGUUUAAACGGUUCUCUUCAAAAUAAAAAUCACCAGAAUGACAUUUAUCAGAGCCACAAAGUGUAAAAACAGGAGAAAAGAUCAGAUUUUCAGCUUUGUGGCCUGGUGGUGAUGAGACAAUCUGUCUGGAAAAUGAACCAAGUCUCAGCUUCAUAGAAAUCCAUUUAUUUAGCAUGUUUCUUUUUAAAUGAGCCGUUUGCACCAGAUUCUGAAAAGGAUUCUAAAUCUGUGCUCUCAGAUGUAAACUGUGAAUCCAUUAGUGGCUCAGUCUGGUGGAAUAAACUCGGUUGGACUACAGGGAUGAACUGCAGGCAGUGUUCACAGGCAGACGGCAGGAGAUAUGGAACCAAAUUCAAAUGUAAGCAAACAUCUGCGGUACGAAGAGCUUUGUUUCCAUUAUUAGGAACAUCUGUGGGAAGCUGAGGGAAAAUUUUGUACAUGUCGAUUCCAUUUUUAAAAUGUUUUCUCGUUAUUUUUUUGUUGAAAUUUAAAUGUAGUUUUUCCUUUUCUUAUGAUAGGCUGUGUUAUAAUUGUGGAUAUUUCUGAGUUCUCUCUACUCGCUCUGAUAGUUCUGCUUCAUUAGAGGUUCAGGAUUUUAUUUUCCAUUUAUGUUUGAGAUCAAACUGCUGUAAUUCUGUUUUGCUGUGUUUGCUUACAGACGUAAUCAGAUGGAAACGUAACAUCCAAUGUGAAUGUUCAGUCUAAAAGUCACGUUAGAUUAAAAAAUAUAGACCUGUAAAGCACAAGUUUAAAGAGCAUGAAGGUUUGCUUCUCAUUCUGACCACUUGAUGGCGCCCGUUCUGCAGAGAUCAGUGAGAACCUACAGAGUAAAUCAGGUAGAAUCCAGAGAUCAGUGAGAACCUACAGAGUAAA